AUGAAGAAGGGAAUUUUAAAAAGUAAACCAUCAUUCAAGAAAGAUGAUGAUCAUAAAGAGGAUACACCAAAAUUCUCAACAACAGUAGAUGAAGCCAAUUCGUUAUUAAAGUUUUCUCUUAAUGAUCGGAAAGCAGAGGAGGCUGAAAAUGAUUUUAAAGCAGGAAUAGAUAAGGAAUCACAAGCUAUGGAACAACGAUUGAAAAAGUUUUUGGAAGAUGACCAUCUUAUGAACUCCCACUUAAGAGAGGAACAAAUUACUUCCUCACAUAAUAGAGCAAGAAAAAAGAUAUCACCAGCUGUUUUGGAAUUAUUAGAGGCAAAGAAGAGAAUUCUCUCAACAUUGUGGGAAGAUUCUGAAACAAACUGGGCACACAGAGAAACAUUUACUCAUUCAAAUUUCAAUGAUGAUGCCCAUAAAAAUUUCGAGAAUAUUUCAAAAGAAACUAUGCGAGUAUUUGAGAUUAGGUGGUUGGAUCUCAGAAUUAAGGGAUUAAUUGAACAAAGAGAGAACAGUUUGAGGAGUUUGAAAAACAUCUGUCAAAAAAGUUCUCUCAGUCCUAAAGAUCCUAGUUUUGUGGAUGUUAAAACAUUAGGUAAACUUUUAGGUGAUGAAAUUGUCCUAUUUAGAACUGUCAGUCUGUACAUUAUUGAAUAUAUAGAAACAUGGAAAGCUAAGCAAACAGACACAGAUAGGGAUACCUAUCUUUUCGAUGAAUCAGAUUAUGUUUUGAAAAUGGCAACAGAUUUAAAGAAUCUUAUUGAAAGAUAUCCCCAACUGUACACCUAUUUGGAAGAAAAAGAACUCAAUUCUCAAUCGCCUUUAGCCCUUCCUAAAAAUCCAAGAAUGUAUUUUAAGUAUUAUGGAACGAGAAAAGUUGAAGAAUAUGAAUUUGAAGAUGAAAACCAAUCAAUGCUAUCGAAGACUGGAGAUGAAUCGUCUUUCUUCUUGACUGCCCUUAAAAAGACAGAUGAUUACAGUGAUGAUGACGAAGAUGGAAGACCUUCGAGGCUCUCUGAAUUGAACCAAAACCAUACCAAAUCAAUGAGAAGUAUUGCUUCCAACAAUACAGUCAAUAUGCUGAGAAAUAUGCACCAAGAAAUAGCUAGAAAAGCUCCACAGUCUGGAUCCUUUGGAAGGGUUCAACAUUUUAGUGAGGAAAAUACAUUUAAUGAUGCUGAUUCAGUAAUUGAUCCAGAGGAAGAAGAUGAAAACCAAGCCUACAACCGUGUAAUGUCUGCAGACAAGAGAAGUGAUAUUUCAGUUCCAAAGGAUAUAUUGGAACAAAUUCAAGUUCAAAUGCAACUUCCAACUUUAUUGGUAAACCAAGCCUAUUCUGAUAGAACAAAGAGACAUAAGAAGUACACCGAACCGCUUAUUUCCAUUAGACACGAGGACCUUUUAGAACAACUAGAAAAGCAAAACCCACUCCACUACAAAGAUUUGAUGGAAAGAGAUUUGAUUGAAUUUUCUGCUGGUUUGCAAAAUAAUUUGGUCAACCCAGACUCAUUAACAAAUAGGACAAAUAAGGAUAAAUCCCUUUUGAAAUCACUAAUGUCAGAGAAUGAAUCAAAUACCAUAGAGGUUAUACAAAGUUUGGACGAGCAAAUGAAGGUUCACAACAUUGAUCUUACAAGUACAAAGAAAGUUCUUCUCAAGAGAGAUAAAUUAAUUCAAAAGUUAAAGAAACAGGAAGAGAAAAAUCAAUUAGACGAAAUGUAUCAGAAAGCAGUGGAAGAGGAUAGAGCUGCAAAAGCCAAGUUGGACAUUUUACGUAAGAGACAUGUUGCAUCUGCUCUUGCAGGAGCUAAACCAACCAAAACUCAUACAGAAACAAGUAUUGAGGAAAUUACAAAUCCAAAGAUUCAUUUUGCUCCGCCUGAUCCAAUUCGUGAAAUGAGAAGAUUAGCUCUUGCAGAAAAACAAAUUUUUUCUCACGAAAGAAUCAGUAAUAGUCACUACUACCACAUAUAA